AUGGAUAAUUACUAUACAUGUGUUUUUAGCCAAGCAAGAUAUAGCGACCAACAAAGAGAAAAACAGAUACCAGAAUUUAUAAUCGAAAACAAAAAAAAAUGUCAAUUUUUUUUCUUACCCAAAUACCCAAUUAUACAAUUAGAAGAGCAAUUAGUGCUUAAAGAUGGCAAUGAAAUUUCAAAAGAUCUCUUUAUAUGCCCAAUUUGCCAAGAUUUAAUGACCUCUGUUUUACAAUGCGAGUAUUGUUCAAAUAUAUGCUGUUUUAACUGCUGGGAAAAAUUGAUAUCAUCAAAUAGACCAAAAUGCUUUUUUUGUAGACACUAUGGUAUUACUAUAAAAAAAUUACACAAUAAUUUAUUUUAUAAAAAAAUAUUCGAUCAAUUAAUGUUUAAAUGUUGUAAUCAAGAUUGUAAUUUAAUGUUUCCUUAUGACCAUUACUACUAUCACUGCUGCAAUAAGUGUGAACAUAGAUUGUUAUCGUGUGGUUUGUGUAAUCAAACAUUAAAAUAUAGUAAAAUAGAAACCCAUGUGGAUGAAUGUCUUAAAGUAGAUGGAAAAUGUAGUUAUUGUAACAAAAAAAUGGACAGAGUUUCUUUUAUUAACAACCAUCAUGACAAAAUCUGUCCCAAAUUUAAAUUAAAUUUGUAG